CUUUCCCAAGUCACUCUCAGUCCCAAUAAACCCUAACCCCUGGGCAAAACCCUGCAACGCCACUCGCUCUAGAUUCUCUGUGUCUUUCUCUGGUGGUCUAUCUGCGCUUAGCCGAGAAAGGAAGAAAGGAAGAAAGGCAAAGGAUGGGGAGCAACCAAGCGGCGGUCUCGUUCCUGACGAACGUGGCGCGAGCGGCCUUUGGCUUGGGCGUGGCCGCGACGGCGCUGAACUCGUCGCUGUACACGGUCGACGGAGGCCAGAGGGCGGUGAUCUUCGACCGGCUCCGCGGAGUCAUGGAGGAGACAGUCGGCGAGGGGACUCACUUCCUCGUCCCCUGGCUCCAGAAGCCUUACAUUUUUGACAUCAGGACGAGGCCACACAGUUUUUCUUCCAUCUCUGGGACCAAGGAUCUCCAGAUGGUCAAUCUCACUCUCCGAGUUCUCUCUCGGCCGGAGGUCCCUCGUCUGCCAUAUAUCUUCCGGCACCUGGGUCUUGAGUAUGACGAGAAGGUCCUUCCAUCAAUUGGGAAUGAGGUUUUGAAAGCUGUGGUCGCCCAAUUCAAUGCGGAUCAGCUUCUUACCGAGCGACCUCAUGUCUCUGCACUGGUUCGGGAGAGCCUUAUUAAGCGUGCCAAAGAGUUCAACAUCCUCCUUGAUGAUGUGGCCAUAACUCACCUGUCCUAUGGUGCUGAGUUCUCGAGGGCUGUGGAGCAAAAGCAGGUUGCUCAGCAGGAGGCAGAGCGAUCGAAAUUCGUGGUGAUGAAGGCAGACCAGGAGAGGAGAGCUGCAAUUAUCAGGGCAGAAGGAGAAAGUGAGGCUGCGAAGCUAAUUUCUGAGGCAACUGCUGCAGCUGGCAUGGGGCUGAUUGAGCUUAGGAGGAUCGAGGCAUCGAGGGAGAUUGCUGGUACAUUGUCGAGGAACCCUAAUGUUGCUUACUUACCUGGUGGACAGCAGGCACUGUUGGCACUUAACCCAGCCAUGCUUGGUGGGCGUUGAACAGGGACUUGUGAUAUAGAUUGAUGGCAUGAGUUCGGGUUGCAUAUUUCCGAAGGUAACUUCACAGGGAGUUUUAAGCUUUUGUUUUUCCCCCUUUUUUCCAUGUUUUGGACAGUAAGGGGAAUGAAAUCUCAAGUGGCGACAGAAAUUUGGAACGUUAUCCGGGGAUGUUCUCAAAUUCUGAAUUGAUCAUUUCUCAAGUGCUUAAACACUCGUGUCGAUGCUAUUCCCGUUUCGGUUCUCAGUGUC